AACCAGUCAAAUUGUUCCUGACAGGAAAAAAAAGGCCUAUGAGAGCAACAAAAAGAAAAAAGGGUAGAAUCUGUUUGUUUUUGUAUGUUAAAUAGUGUACUAUCUUGCAAAUUAUUAAAUUUAUUUGCAAGUUAGAAUUAUAAUUUCGUCCUCAAUUUAUUUUAUUAAAAAAUGUCAGAAGAAACUUCUAUUAGUUCACCAAGCGUGAUCACACCGGAGCACCCAAGUGUUGUCUACUCAUACAAAACCACUCAAACAAAUAACGCUAGAUGGUUAUACCUAGAGGACAUAUAUCAAAAGUUUUACCGGCCAUACAUUUAUGACCUUGGAGGGACUUAUAUAGAGGAUGUAGCUGAUUACUGGUUCCAAUAUAAAACAGACCUAAUCUCGGGUGUGUUUCUCCUACAUAUCUUUGUUUUGAAUAGAAAUGACGGCCCUUUCUCCGUCGCCAUCACUACUACCAACGUCAUGGAGUUUGAGAAAAAAAGUUCAUGCGUUUUCCUACAAAGUUCAUUGAAAGAAUUCAAGUUCCCCAAAGUAAAAGAAUUGAAGCAAAAUUACUUAGCAACAUUCAGUUUUAAAGAAAUCGAUGUGGAACUUUUGAAAGGCAAACAAUUUUAUAUACCAAUCACUUUCAUCGUCAAUGAAUUAGAUGAUGAGUUAGUGGAACGUGUGAAAUCUAAACAUGAUUUUGGAUACUUGUUAAAGGAACCUCUUUGUUCAGAUUUCACUAUAGAAGCUUCAGAUGGGUACAAGUUUCAGGUUCACCAGGCCCUUUUGGCUGAAAGUAGCGAGGUUUUCAAAGCCAUGUUCAAGGAUGAGACGGCGGAAAGUCAGAGACGUUAUCUCAAACUAUCUGAUGUCUCCAAAGAAGACCUCCAGUGCGUCCUAGAGUUUAUCUACACGGGCACUAUCGCUGAGGUUGAGAAUUGCAACAUUUUCAACAUCCUUCAACUCGCGGACCAGUUCAAUCUCGGAGGGCUACAUGACUUGUGCCAAUAUGUCCUCACUCAGCAUCUGAGUACGGAUAAUGCGUUAGAAACAUUACAGUAUGCUGACUUUUACAAUGCCGGAUUUCUUAAAAAAGCUACGUUGAAAAUGAUCAGAAACAAUAAAGAUAUUAUUAAGUCGAGCAUGUUUAAGGAAUUAAAAAGUGUGGAAUUAGCGCGGGAACUGUGCGAAUACCUAGCUUUGUAAAUGAUAGAAAUCUGUUUAUAUAUGAAUCUAUAUUUAUAUAAAUCUUCCAUUACUAAGUGACUGACAGACCACGUGCAGUCGAAACUAUUGGGCGUAGGAAGCUGAAAUAUAGCAUGUAGUAUCAUUCUAUAUUUCAGCAUGUAGUAUCAUGCUAUAUUUCAGCUUCUUACGCCCAACAGUAGGCAUUAAACGAGGAUUUUCCAAAUUUCCCGCGGGAACGGAAGUUAAUGGGAUUUUAGAUUUAACCGAGGGCAUACUUUAGUAUUGUUUAUGGCCUCCUUGGCAUUGGUCAAGGUCAUGUGUAGGACUGCAACUAACUUUAGAUGUCUGUAACGAUAGAAUCUCUGCCUAUAAGGGGAUAUCCUACUAAUAUUAUUAAUGCGAAAGUUUGUGUAUGUCUGUUUCUCUUUCAAGCAAAUAAUACUAUACCGAUUACGAUGAAAUUUGGCAUGUAGGUAGCUGAUGACCCAAAAUAACACACAGGCUACCCCGGAGUUUUUAUCCCAGAGUUCCCGCGGGAUUGAUUGUUAUUUUAUUAUAGGGUUUUAUUAAUCAAGUUGACCUUAAACCUAACUUAUUAAUAAUUUGAGAGUGUGAGUAAAUAUUAAAAUAAUGUAUGUGACGGGUUUAAAACCCAGAUAAAUAUUUUUGUUGGGUAUCAACCACUAAUCCACAGAUGCUCAAUAUAAUGCAAAGGAAUAUUUAUAUGUCUAUGGUCUGGUCUAUAUACAUUUAUGUCUGUGAUUUAAAAUAUGCUUUCAUUUUAAGGAUAAUUCUAUUUGAUAACACAUUUUGAUCUUACUUUUGUUACUAGAAAAUAAAAAUGUUACUUAUUUCUUUACAAAACUUUAUAUAGUUGCUAAGGUUUUCUAAAAAAAAGUUGAAUGUAUUCAUAACAAACGAUUAAUUAAAACGAGUUUAUUUUGUACUA